AUGAGGCUUGAAGAUAAAAUAAUAUCGCGUUGCAUUAUACUAACGGGUUUUAAAUAUGCAGUCGAGAAGACUUCUGGAGAAAUAGUGCUAACCGUUCUAGCUGGAGGAGUCACCCUGGAAACAAUGUUUCACUUCAUAGACCAAGACACAGCCUACAACGCCAUCAUAGGGUGCCCAUGGAUACACAGCAUGCGAGCCGUCCCGUCAAGUCUCUAUCAAAUAAUCAAGUCCCCUACUCCAUGGAUAGACAUUAUCAAGGAUCCCAAUAUCGUGGAAGCCGCCGAGUCAACUAUAGAAGAUCUCGAUCCCGUCCAACUAGACGAAAAUGACAGCACAAAAAAGGCUUACAUCGGGCACAAUCUCUUAGAACUAGGUAAAUUUCAUAAAUUCUUAGCUGACAGUGCCGAUUUGUUUGCCUUCUCCCAUUCAGAUAUGCCAGGCAUCACGAGAGACAUCACCACGCACAAAUUAAAUGUUGCUCUCUAUCCAUCACUACAGCAAAUAAGGAGAAAGUUCAACGCCGCAAUCAAUGAGGCCGUCAGCGAAGAAGUUGAUAAGCUGCUCACCAAUGGCUCCAUCCGAGAGUCAAAGUAUCCCCAAUGGGUCGCCAAUGUGGUCAUGGUGAAGAAGAAAAACGGAAAGUGGCGGAUGUGUGUUGAUUUUACGAACCUGAACAAGGCAUGCCCAAAAGACUCUUUUCCAUUGCCACAUAUCGACCAGUUCAUCGACGCAACAGCGGGACACGAGUUGCUAAGAUUCUUAGAUGCCUACUCGAGUUACAACCAGAUCCUCAUGGAGGAACAGGACCAAGAGAAAACUACUUUCAUCACUCACUAG